AUGUCUAUAUCUGGUGCGGUAUUAAAAUCUGAUUUUUUAAAAAUAAUACAAACUCAACCAAAUGAACUUCCAUUUGAAGUCAGUUCAGAUGGGUUAGAAGUUCUAAAAUAUAGAUCAAAUACUUCUAGACAAUCAUUAGAGAUAACAUCGAUAACCUCCACCACCACCACCACCACCAAUCCUAAUGACAGAAAAGUUUCUAUUCAAGCACAAGAUGGAUUUAUAUAUUUAACAACGAAAAGAUUAGUAUUUAUAACUGCUACUCAAGGAGAUAUUCAAUCAUUUGUAAUUGAUUUGAAUUUAGCACCUUUAUUACAAUUAUCUCAUAAAAUUAAAGCUCCUUGGAUUGGAUCUAAUUAUUGGGAAUUUAUGUUUCAUAGUUCAUCACAAAAUAAUAAUAUUGCCACUAAUGGAUUACCGAAAAAUCAAUAUUUUAUUGGUAAAAUUAAAUUUCAUGAUGGUGGUUUAUUUGAAUUUUGUGAUAUCUUGAAUAAAACCCUUAAUGAUGCUGUUAAUAAUAGAGAUAUCGAUGAUACUUUGCCGGCUUACAAUGAAGUUCAAUAA